UUUUCACUUCCAACUUUCUCACUUACUGAAAACUAUUUCUGUCUCUUGAGAUUCCCGUGUUCUCUUUUCGUGGUGUUGUAUAUUUCUUUUUUUUCUUGCAAUGGCGGAAGAAAUUGCACCAGAGCAUCAGGAUCGAGGACUGUUUGGUUUGUUUGGGAAGAAGAAAGAAGAAGAGACACAUCAGCAGCAUGACAAUGCUGUGGAUCCACAUGUACAAGGACAUGUGGCAGGUGUAGCUGCACAUGAGCAAGGACACGUAGGCGAGAUUCAUGCUACCCCUGCAUCUCAUGGUCAUGUAGACGAGGUUCACCCUAACCCUGCAUCUCAUGGUCAUGUGGGUGUAGGUGAACCUCACCCUGUGUUUGGUCAUGUGACUACCCCUGCAUCUCAUGGUCAUGUAGACGAGGUUCACCCUACCCCUGCGUCUCAUGGUCAUGUGGGUGUAGGUGAACCUCACCCUGUGUUUGGUCAUGUGACUACCCCUGCAUCUCAUGUUCAUGUAGACGAGGUUCACCCUACCCCCGCGUCUCAUGGUCAUGUGGGUGUAGGUGAACCUCACCCUGUGUUUGGUCAUGUGACUGAGGCUCAUCUUACGCCUGUAUCACAUGAUCAUGUAGGUAUAGGUGAGCCUCAUCCUGUGUAUGGCCAUGUGGUCGAGGCUCACCCUGUGCCUGUGUCUCAUGGCCAUGUGGAGGAGGGCAAGCUCCAUGGCAAAGGUGAAGAGAAGAAACAUGAAGGGGGCCUCAUGGCAAAGCUGCAUCGAUCUAACAGCUCUUCUUCCAGCUCUUCUAGCGACGAGGAAGAAGGUGAAAAAGGAGAGAAGAAGAAAAAGAAGGGUGGAUUGAAAGACAAGUUAAGGCUUCACGGACGCCAUGAGAAGAAAGAGGAAGAUUAUGGUCAUGACAAGGCUGAAGAAGAGGGAGAAAAGAAGGGCCUGAUGGAAAAGAUCAAAGAGAAGCUUCCUGGACACCACAAAGAGGAAGAAAAAGAGCAUUAAAAAGCAACUGGUUUUUUGGGUGCUUUCAUCUUAUAUUGUGUGUGGCUAUGAGUGUUUACCCAUUUUCUGGUUUGAAGCAUACUCUGUAUUGUAUGCAUGCUGUGUUUGACUUCUAUAUAUUAUAAGAAUGUAAUGGUGGUUGUUCCUUUUUGUAA